GAACCUGGAAGAAAGACUUUGUCUUGGAGCUAACUCCUGAGCAUUUUGAGAUCAUUCAUCAUGAAGUAUGUAGUACAGGAAUGGCUCAGAGUAACUACCUUGCUAUUCAUAGCUCAAGCAGUUUCUGCAAUGGUUCUUCCCAAUGCCACGCUCUUAGAGGAACUUUUGGAAAAGUACAUGGAUGAAGAUGGUGAGUGGUGGAUCGCCAAGCAGAGAGGGAAAAGGGCUAUCACAGACAGUGAUAUGCAAAGUAUCUUGGAUCUUCAUAAUAAAUUACGGGGUCAGGUGUAUCCACCAGCUUCCAAUAUGGAAUAUAUGACAUGGGACACAGAACUGGAGAGAUCUGCAGAGUCAUGGGCUGAAACCUGUCUGUGGGAGCAUGGACCAGCAAGCCUUCUUCCAUCAAUUGGGCAGAAUCUGGGGGCACACUGGGGAAGGUACAGACCUCCCACAUUUCAUGUCCAAGCAUGGUAUGAUGAAGUGAGAGAUUUUACCUAUCCCCAUCCUCAUGAGUGCAAUCCAUAUUGUCCGUAUAGAUGCUCUGGUCCUGUUUGUACACAUUACACACAGGUUGUUUGGGCUACAAGUAGCAGAAUUGGUUGUGCAAUUAAUUUGUGUCAUAACAUGAACAUCUGGGGGCAGAUUUGGCCAAAAGCAGUUUAUCUUGUGUGCAAUUAUUCUCCUAAGGGUAACUGGUGGGGUCAUGCUCCUUAUAAACCCGGCCGCCCCUGUUCUGCAUGUCCCCCUAGUUUUGGAGGAGGUUGUAGAGAAAACCUUUGUUAUAGAGAGGAUUCAGAAAGACCUUAUGCCCCCCAUGAACCAGAAGAGGAAACCAAUGAGAUUGAACGUCAGCGAUCCAAAGCGCAGGAUGCAACUGUGCAAAGCCGGCCAAGAACACACCAACCUUCAGCCUCCACAGGCUCUGAUGACAGUGAGAAAAAUGAAGUGAUAAGCACGCAGCAAAUGUCUCAGAUUGUUUCAUGUGAAGUAAGGCUAAGAGAUCAGUGCAAAGGAACAACUUGCAAUAGGUAUGAAUGUCCUGCUGGCUGUUUGGAUAGCAAAGCCAAAGUUAUUGGAAGUGUACAUUAUGAAAUGCAAUCCAGUAUUUGUAAAGCUGCCAUACAUUACGGCAUCCUAGACAAUGAAGGUGGUUGGGUUGAUGUCACCAGGCAAGGGAGGAAAAAUUACUUUAUCAAGUCUUACAGAAAUGGUGUUCAGUCAAUUGGAAAAUACCAAUCUGCUAACUCCUUCACUGUCUCUAAGGUAACAGUUCAGGCUAUCACCUGCGAAACCACCGUGGAACAACUGUGCCCAUUUCAAAAACCAGCCUCACACUGUCCGAGGGUGUAUUGUCCUCACAACUGUAUGCAGGCAAAUCCACACUACGCUCGUGUAAUUGGUACACGAAUUUAUUCUGAUCUCUCCAGCAUCUGCCGGGCAGCCGUGCACGCCGGAGUGAUCCGCAGCCAGGGCGGCUACGUUGAUGUGAUGCCAGUAGACAAAAGGAAGGUCUACGUUGCUUCCUUCCAAAAUGGGAUAUAUUCAGAAAGUUUACAGAAUCCUCCAGGAAGCAAGGCUUUCAGAGUAUUUGCCGUUGUUUGAAUCUAGCAAG